ACAAAUAUAGCAACUUUUGUCACGGUUUGGCUUAAAAACUAGUUAUUACCUUAUUACUUACUUUUGUAAGAAGAUUUUUUUCGAUUAAGAAUGUUGCAAAAACAUUGGAUUUUUUUCAUACUAAGCAGUAUAACUUUUCAAUCAACAAAAGGAAUUCAUUUAUACAACGAGGUGAAUAAUAUGCUUACACAUCCUUUAUGGAGAUUGGGUAUUGAACAUAUGAGACGUGAUUUCGGUGUAUAUCCGCGUUUCUUUUUAUUUGAUGAAGAAACUAAGGAACCAAAAAUGAUUACAGCUCUCACACUGUUUCCAAAUUUCACUCCUGUACUUGUUACUGAAAAUAACUUCCGAGAAAAGGUAAGGCAGUACCAUUUAUUAUUAAGCUGCUACUAUGGAAUGGAAUUAAAGUCCUAUCUAUAUUAUGUGAACAUAUUAUGGAAAUUAUGUACAGCUGUACGUCCAAAUUAUUGUGAAAUCCCUUUAAAAAAAACCAUAAAUGAAUUUGUUGUAGAACUGAUUAAAAUGAAUAGUUCUUUACUUCAUUUUUCUCAAUGGUUAGGUAAUAAUCCUAUAUUAUCGAACUCAGUUCACACAGUCAUUGAUAAUCUCCUUAUAAUAUCUCAAAAUAUCAAUAUACAAACAUUCAAUAAAACCAAAGAAAAACUAAAUGAUGCAUGUGAAAUGUUAACACAAUUUUUUGACAAGCAUAUGGUACCGAAAAUUGACAAAAAAAAAUUGAAAGCUGCGACUAUUAUUACUAGCGAAGCUAUAAAAGAAAAUUUAUUAAGUGUAAAAAUUUACAACAUUUUUAAUUACUUCAAGGAAAAUGUUUAUCAAAGUAUUUUUACAAAUAAGCAAUAUGGUUUUAUUUAUGAUAAAAAAACAUAUUUAUGUAUCGGAGUAACAAAGUAUGUAGAAUAUCCAAAUACGCCAUCACCACAAAUUAGCGAGGAGUAUGUUUAAAAACACAUUAACAUUUCUAGUUGAAUAAUUGAAUUGAUUAAUCCAAAAUCUGGGGUUCAAAAAUUAAGGAAAAGAGUUCCCAUUGUUCGUAACAUUUUUCUCUUUACUUAUUGAACGUGAAGCACAUAAAUACUACAGAUGGACAACAUGCUAUGUAUAAACAGGGGUGAUUUCGUAGAGAGAGUAGGGAUGCGACAUUCCCAAACGUUUUCACAGAAAUAAAAUUUCAACCAUAAAUUCUAAGAGCUUGUUUAUAAUUUAUGUUCAAAAAAUUUAUAAUUGUUUUGUU